CUCAUUAGACACGCCCACAAACUUUGUGCGGAAGAGGGUGAAUUUGAACCGGAAUCAUGGCAGAGAUGGACGAGGCCGACGUUCAAACAAAGAAAAGCAAAACCCUCAUUGUACGACAUCUGCCCAGAGAACUCAACAGAGAUGAAAAGGAGGAUCUCCUGAAAUAUUUUGGUGCCUCAUCUGUCAGAGUGCUGUCAGAGAAGGGACCCCUAAAACAUAUGGCAUUUGCAACUUUCAGCAGUGAGAUCUCAGCCUCUAAGGCACUAAACAGACUUCAUCAGCUGAGAAUCCUUGGUCACACACUAGUGGUUGAGUUUGCGAAAGAUCACUACAGUGUCAUUGUUUUGAAAGACACACCGGUGUCUAACAGUGGUGCUGGAACCCAAGUUGAGAAGGGAAAGAAAGACAAACAGCAAAACAAUGUUCGUCUGGUGGACAACAGCAUUGCUCCCAGUCUGGGGUUGAAAUUUCAAACAAAUCCAACGCUGAAAUAUUUAUACCCUCCUCCUUCAAGUGGAAUUCUGACAAACAUUACACACACUCUUCUGAGCAUGCCCAAGUUCUACGUUCAAGUUCUUCACUUGAUGAAUAAGAUGAACCUUCCCUGCCCGUUUGGACCAGUGAUGGCUCCUCCGCCAAUGUUUGAGAUGCCGCCAGGCCCACUGCUGCCCAUGCCGCCACCCUUCCCCCCAGAGAACCCUCCUCUGCCGGAGCACGAGGAGGGGGUGUCAGGCAGUGAAGAAGAAUCUGAGUACGAGAGUGGAGAUGAGGAGGACAAAGAGAGGAUGAUCAGACUGAUGGGCCUUGUUAACCAGCCAUGCAAAAGGCCGUUGAGAACAAAGACUUCUUCCAAGAGAAAGAAACCCAAACUAAAAGACCUCCUGUUUAUUCCCAAACCAGAUUCCCACGGUCCCUCAGGCCCAGCCCUGCAGCCUUCAGACGUGUUUGAGCAUCCUCAGACGCUUGGACAGAAAAAGAUUGAGUUCCAUAUAUCGGCUGAGGUGUCCACCAUCCUCGAGGGUCCCAGACAGAAUCAAGAGCAGUUUGCAGAUGCGACCGAAGACACGGCAGAGAUGGAGGUUUCCGUUCAGGAAGCUGCGGAAGGGUUUGGGAAAAUCUACCCAAGCGCUCAGGUUCCCAGACAGGAGGAAGAGAAGGAGGAAGAUGAGGACAUCCCCUCUGAGUUUAUCUCUAGGAGAGAGCUAGAGAGAGGGAGACUCUCCAGAGACGAGAUGAAGAAAAUGUCUGUGUUUAAAAAUUAUGAACCUGGAGAGCCAACCUGCAGGCUUUAUGUUAAGAAUAUUGCAAAGCAAGUUGAAGAAAAAGAUCUGAAGUUCAUCUACGGCCGGUAUAUCGACAUCUCCUCAGAGGAGGAGAGAAACAUGUUUGAUAUUGUUUUGAUGAAAGAGGGGAGGAUGAAAGGUCAGGCCUUCAUUGGGCUCCCCAGCGAGAGAAGUGCAGAGAAGGCCUUAAAGGAAACCAAUGGAUAUAUACUCAACGACAAACCUCUUGUGGUGCAAUUCGCCCGAUCUGCAAAACCUAAACAGGAAUCUGCUGACUCAAAGAAAGGAGGGAAAAAACACUGAACUGAUGAUGUUGAUGUUCAAUCAUGAGCCUACAGGAGCUCCAUCUUUACUUCAUAUCCUUUAAAAUAUCCUUUAAAAGAGUUAUCUGAAUUGCUUGCUUUAAUAAAAA